AUGCCGCGUUUGCCGCGACAGGCGUCCGGAAAUGGAGACGAGGAGGAUGCGCGCACCGUCGCGGUGCUUUCGAGGGACGCUUCGCGCGCUACCAUCGCCUUCCAAAACCCGAGGGACCUGGUGGCGCUCAAGGCCAAGCGGGAAUGGCGGAAGACCGUCCGCCUCACCCUGACGGUCCUGGUCCUCUUCCUCGCCGUGGGGCUCAUCGUGAGCGCCGUCAUGCUCGGGGGGGGCGCGGGGCCGGGCGGAGCAGGGGGCAGCUCUGAGGCCAACGCCGCCUUGCGGGCUGCGACGUGCACCCUGCGCGGGACCCCCACGCCCUCGUCCCGUGCAGUUCCCUCCCGGCUGGUGCCGAACCGGCUCGUGAUGAGGAACCGCAGGCUGCGCGGGGUGGGCAUCAGCGGCGGAGCCAAGGGGUGGAGACCGGACGCAGUUCUCUCGUGCUGCGACUUCCCCGUGGAGGCGCUGAGCGCCGACGGGUUCCUGUGGCAGGGCGCCAUGGAGGCGCGCGCCUGCGUCCGGGUCGGCGACGUCGAGGAGCCGGGGGCGGCAGAGGCGCGCUGUGGGGCUAUGGACGCGCUGCCCGGCGCGGUGGGGCGGGACGCGGACUUCGCGUGCUUCGUCCGGGGCUCUCCGGACGCGUCGGAGUACCCCUGCAGCGAACACAAUCUGCAGGCCUGCUCCGUCUUGACAGACGCGGAGGGGCGAGAGGUGCUGGCCUCGCGCGGAGACCCACGCGCCGGGUUCAGCUUCUCGGGGCUCUUCUCGGACCAGCGGCGCCUGAUUCCCUUCUGCGCCGGCGUCGGCCUCCUCGCGGGCGUCGUGGCCUUCAUGGCCGUCCGCGUCGCGGUGCGGCACUGCGGCACUCCCAGGGACGACGACCUCGACGUCAUCGCCGCCCGCGCGCCGUCCGUCGUCCCCGGCGCCACGCUGCAAGGCCGCGACCUCAGCGUGCUCUGGCGGGGCAUUUCCCCGCUCCGCGCCAUCCGCGCCACUACCACACCCUCUGCGCGCAGCGUUGUAGUUGCGCAGGGCGCAACCGCGCCGCCCGGCCCCGGCGUGCUCGCGGAGCCCGCGCCGCUCGAACGCGCGCCGGCGGCCGCGCGCCCGGCGGUGCAGCGCAGCACCGCCGACGGGCACGUCGCGGCAGGGCGGCACUCCCGCACGCUGUCGGCCUGGACGGUCGACAGCACGGGCGGCGCCGCCGGAGGACGCCGCCCGACGGACUCCCCGUCGCACUCGCGCAGCCGGAUAUCGCGGCCCGUGUCGCUCAACACCAUCGCGGUCGCGCCAGGCGCGGUUCCUGCGUCCCGCGUGCACCUCUCUGGACGCAUGGCCUCCGGGCACGUCAUCGAGGCAGCGGGGGCGGGUCCGCACCACCUGCGCGGAGCGUCGAUCACGCCGUCCGUCAUCGACGACGCAGCGCUCGCCGUGCACAUGAACUGGGCUGCGGUCGACUUCGCGGAGGGGGGUGUCGCCGAGCCGGACCUGGGGGCCGCGGAGCCGCUGCGGGAAGCGCCGGAGGACUCGGUGCUGGAGGGCGACGGCGCAGAGCGAUGA